AUGGCUAGCUUUACAAAUUACUUAUUCAGUCCUACAUAUCACCUCAGCAUUGCUCAUUAUUUCCUCAUCUUCUUUUUGGCCUCCUCAUAUCCACACACUAGUAAACUCCAUUUUGGUGAUGCACUUCCAAAUUCGAAACCAUGCAUCGACGAGGAGAGACGUGCUCUCCUCGCCUUCAAACAAGAUCUCACUGAUCAUUCUGGGAGGCUUUCUUCUUGGGUUGGUCAAGCUUGCUGUCAAUGGAAAGGCAUUUCAUGCAACAACAUCACAGGUCAUGUUCAAAAGAUUGAUCUCCAAAAUACAUACACAUACACACUUUCUGUUUUCAAUGGAGAGUGGGAUGAGAUGGAGAACUCUUCUUUGGGUGGUAAGAUAAAUCCUUCUUUGCUUAGCUUGAAACAUUUGAGCUACCUAGAUCUAAGCAGGAAUGAUUUUAAAGGGAUUCCCAUUCCCACAUUCUUUGGUCAGCUCAAAAGUUUGAGGUAUCUCAAUAUCUCACAUGCUUCAUUUGGAGGAGAGAUUCCAGCUCAUCUUGGUAACCUAUCAAACUUGAACUAUCUUGACCUAAGUGAAGAGUCUUUCUACUCUUUACUUGAAUUACCUUCCAACAACUUGAAAUGGCUUUCCAAUCUCUCUUCCCUAAAAUACCUCAGUCUUGAAGGAGUGGACCUCAGCAACACUGGGACAUUGAAUCUUGCAAAUAACCAAUUUGAAGGGGGGAUUCAAGAGCUUUUGGGUGGUUUCUCAAGUUGUCCCAAUAGUGAAUUAGAGUCAUUAGAUUUGUCUUCUAAUAAGCUGAAAAGCCAAUUGCCUGCCUCAGUAGGGAUGCUACACAACUUGAAGUAUCUUAACCUCUACAAUAAUGAUAUGAGUGGGUCCAUUCCUAAAAGUUUGGGGCAACUCUCCGAGCUUGUUCACCUAGAUCUAUCUUUUAACCCAUGGGAAGGGUUUUUAACAGAAGCCCAUUUCACAAAUCUCACAAGAUUGAAAUACUUUUCAUUAGGCAAAGUCUUCCCAAGACCAACUCUACCAAUUCCUCUCAUCUUCAAUGUGUCUUAUGAGUGGGUUCCUCCUUUCAAGCUGCACAAAUUAACAUUGGGAACUGUAAAGUAG